AUAAUGCAUUUCCUCUGAAUAUACUUUCGGCUUUAGGUGCCACCCUGCACACCCGCUUAUUGUGUUACGCUGACCGCGCCGUUGUCGUCAGGCUGCAGCCUCAUCCUGAGCCUCGCCGUCACCAGAGAGCACAGAAAGCUGUCUUCACAAGCAAACCACAGGGAUUCGAGCCCAGAUGGGCGGUGAUUCUCGAAGAACUGAGAUCUCAACGCCUGCUCCCUGAGAACGUGCCUUCAGCCUCGUCCGUUCUUUUUGUCACGACCUAAACCACUUUCAAGAUGGCCGUACCCUUCCCAAGGUUCAAGGUCAUGCUGCAUACUCACUUGGACGGCCACAUACGCCAUACGACGAUCAUGGAGUACGCAAAGAAGAAAAAGAUUGAUCUCGGCUAUGCCAACCUUCAAGACUGCUUGAAGAAAACAAGGCCGGCUAAACCGAGCACACUCCAGAACUACCUGAAGGAGAUGCCCAAUUACCUGAGAGUCAUAGUUGGCGACCGCGAUGCCCUGACGCGGAUUGCAUACGAGGCCGCCGUGGACCAGGCCAACUGCGGCGUCAUCUACAGCGAGAUACGCCUGUUCGCGCAGAUGAUGAGCAGCACCAUGUCGAGCCUGCCCAAGGGCUCGGGCCCCAUGACCCUCAACACGACGCGGGAGGUGGUCGACGCCGCGCUUGCGGGAUUCAAAAAGGCCGAGGACGAGUGCGGCAUCAAGGCACGCCUCGUGCUCGCCUGCUUUAGGGACAAGCCCGAGUGGGCUGACGAGGUUGUGACCCUGUGCCAGGAAUACAAAGGCAAAGGCGUUGUCGGCAUGGAUGUGUGUGGAGUGUUCGCCCCGAAGCAGACCGAGAAGGAGGGCGAGGAGAUCCUCCAUCCGCAGGUCAUCAGUGCCUUCAAGAAAGCGGCAACACUGGGCGUGCACCGCACGGCUCACGCGGGCGAAGCUGGGCCUCCGAGCAACAUCGCGCGCGCCGUCCAAGAGCUGGGCACCGAGCGCAUAGGUCACGGCUACGCGGCCAUGCGCGACGGUGGCGAGGCCUUCAAGCUGGCUAUAGCCAAGAACAUCCACUUCGAGGUCUGCCCCAACAGCAGCUACCUGACCGGAGCCGUCAAAACGACCGAGGAACACCCUAUGAUGGCUUGCAAGAAGCAAAACGCCAGCUUCUCGUUGAGCACUGAUGACCCGACCAUCACGCACACGGAUAUCGACGACGAGUACUGGCUGGCGCUCAGGCUCGGACUCACGCCCGAGGACAUCAUUCAGACGAACCACAACGCCAUUAAGAACUGCUUCCUGCCCCCGGACGAAAAAGAGUCUCUGCGCAAGUGGUUUGACCAGCUCAACGGGCUCUCGUAGGAUGUCGACGUCGCACGCAGGCAUGCUUUCGUGGUGGAGAACGCAGCCCCACACUUCACCGAGACUCCCCCAGCUGUCUCCCAAGCGGCAACAAGGCCGCAUGUUUUCUGGAAACAGAUCGUCGUCGAUGACCGAAGCAAUAUUAAAGCAUUGCUUCCUCACCCCC